ACACAUACACAAGCUCUCUGCUCCUUUAUCACAACUCCGUUUUGUAUCAGGUGGAAAGGAUUAUCUUAUCAUUUUUGCCCCAAAGCGACAUACACUGUCAUUCGACUUUUUCAGCAUUUUAUUGGUUUAUUAUCUCAAAGAAGCCGUCACAGAUCGGAUAAAGCAUAAGAGAAAAUGAUGAACAACAGAGAUCGCUGGAGGGUGUACAAGAGGGUGAGUGUCAUGUUUUUCCUGGCAGUGGUGGCUCUGACUGUUGUGCAGAGAGGGAGCAUCAAUAUGGGGGCUCCGUUUGAACUCGAGAGGCAGGCUCGCAUGGAUGCUUCUGAGGAAGUGGUGUCUGGAGCUGCCCUGCAACAGAGGACAGAUUCAUACAUGAGGAUAAAAGGCUUCUGGAAGGCUAGCAAACACCAUCCACUGCCUCGAGCUCCUUUGAGGGCCACCACACAGAAGCCAAUCAUCACUGAGGACAACAGCCCCAGAACCUGGGAUGUAACCAGCUCCAACUGCAGUGCCAACCUCAAUCUCUCUAGCCAGGAUUGGUUCAGGAGCCUGGAGGACAAUUUCAAGCAGUUCAUGCUUUAUCGACACUGCCGUUACUUCCCCAUGCUCCUCAACCACCCAGAGAAGUGCUCAGGUGAGAUUUAUUUACUCAUGGUAAUUAAAUCAGUGGCCACCCAGCAUGACCGCAGAGAGGUCAUUCGAAAAACCUGGGGCAAGGAGAAGAUGGUGGAUGGCAAGAGGAUAAAGACCCUCUUCCUUCUUGGUAAAUCUUCCAACGAAGCAGAGAGAGCAAACCAUCAGAAGCUUGUGGAGUAUGAGGACUACAUCUACGGGGAUAUCAUUCAGUGGGACUUCUUGGAUAGCUUCUUCAACCUCACGCUCAAGGAGACCCACUUCCUCAAGUGGUUCCACACUUACUGUCCAAGUGUGCGCUAUGUCUUCAAGGGGGAUGAUGAUGUCUUUGUCAGUGUAGAGAACAUCUUUGAGUUCUUAGAAAGCAGCAACAGUGCAAAGAACCUGUUUGUGGGGGAUGUCAUGUUUAAGGCUAAGCCCAUUCGUAAAAAGGAAAACAAAUACUACAUCCCCCAGGCUUUGUAUAAUAAGACACACUACCCUCCAUAUGCAGGUGGAGGUGGUUUUCUGAUGGAUGGCCCCCUGGCGAGGAGACUUCACUGUGUUGCAGACACCCUGGAGCUCUACCCCAUUGAUGAUGUCUUCUUGGGCAUGUGUCUGGAGGGGCUUCAGGUCACUCCAGUAAAACACAAUGCCUUUAAGACGUUUGGCCUAGUGAAAAAUAAGAACAGUAAGCUAAACAGAGAACCUUGUUUCUUUAAGAGCAUGAUUGUUGUGCACAAGCUGCUCCCUUCGGACCUCAUGCAUAUGUGGAAUCUGGUCAACAGUGACCUGGUCUGCUCACAAAAAGUGGAGAUCCUAUAG